AUGGCUCCGUGGCUCGAGAGGCAAAUCAAGGUCUACAUGUUGAUGGUAUUGUUAUGUGUAGGGGCUUGGACUUCGGCCGUGACGCCUGCGAAUUCCACAUUGGCCAAGUUCGAGCAGUGGAUGGCCCGCCACGGACGGAUUUACAAGGAUAAUCUCAAGAAGGCGAAGCGGUACGGGAUCUUCCUAGAGACCUUGCGCUUCAUCGAAGACUUCAACAGCAAAGCGGCUAAUCAUAGCUACAAAGUGGGUCUGAACCAAUUUUCGGAUUUGACCACGGAAGAGUUUGUCCCGAGAUACACCGGGUUUAGAGCGACGUCGAGGAGCUCGAAUUCAUCCGCGGCCACCACUUUCAAUGGCGUCGAGGGCACUUGCGGCGAGCGAGCCGCCUCCAUUGCUGUAGCGCGGUUAAAAGGGUAUGAGAACAUCCCCAUGAGUGAAGACCUGCUAUUGCAGGCUGUGGCGAGACAACCGGUCUCGAUCGCCAUCGAGGGUGCCAGCCCUGGAUUCAAGCAGUACAGCGGGGGCGUCUCCAAUGGCCCUUGUGGGGAGAACACUAACCACGCCGUCGCAAUCGUCGGAUAUGGGAAGACCCCCAAUGGUGUCGACUAUUGGCUGCUCAAGAACUCGUGGGGCGAGACUUGGGGUGAGAAAGGAUACAUGAGAAUUUUGCGGAACUCGGGCGUCCAAGGCGGUCUCUGUGGACUCGUUACGCAAGCUUCUCUGCCAAUUGCAUAUUAA